GGGGGGCGGGGGCGAGCGGGCCUUGCGGGGGGGCGAGGCACGGGGGGGGACACGAGAAUCGGGGCCGGGGGGCGGUCGCCGAUCGCCUCCCCAGAGCCCCCCUGAACCUGCCCUGGCCCUGCUCGCCCCGCGCAGUAGCUCCGCGCCCCAGCCCCUCCCCUGCAGCCGGGCCCACAGCCGCCCCCGGCUCUGCCGUGACGGCUCAGCCGGGCCAGGUGCGCCGGGCGCUGCCUUGGCGCGGGUGCCGGUAGCCCCGGUGCGGGCAGGGAGCGGCGCCUGCGGAGCCCCGCGGCAGGGGGGGGUUGGCCGGGCACGGGGGGCGGGUUACAGAAAAGCGGCGCCUCGUAGAAGCGUAGUAUUACAGAGAGCUUUCUUAGGGUGAAGCACAGUUUCUGCUUUCAGGAUGGCUACCAGGCAGAGUAUCAAUGAUAAAAGGGGGUUUUUUUUCGGUCGUGGAACUUCACAGUCAGUGAAGAAACCACAUUGGGCGGAGGAUUUGUCCCUGGUUUGGCAGCUGCAGAAUGAGUCCUCUGAUACUGCUGGAAACACUGAGCAGAAGCCUGAGGAGGCAGUGAGAUGAAGUAACAGUGAGUUCUCAAGGAACCAAAAGCAUGGAGUUUUGUCCUUGUAGCAUGCCGUACCUACUCAGAUUUUUUUUUUUAUAGGAUCACCAAUUGUCAUCCAUUUACCACUGUCAUCUUUUGAUUCUCUCUGUUUUUCUCCUGUGUUGCACAACUGCACACAGCUGGUUAGGGAAAGCUGGCAGUCCUCAUGUACAGAGAACAGCACGCGUCCCUCCAGCUCAGCCAGCCCCAUCCACAGGCUGGUGGCUGCAUUCCGUCUCUUUCUGAGGGUUGGAUGUUCAGCUGCCACAAUUAAUUUUCUCUCUUGUGAGUCAGGAAAGUAACAUUGUACUCCUCUGGGAGUACAUGGUGUCUUUGAAUGCAUUAUGCUUACUGCUUUAGACUAUACAUUGUGUGCCGUCCCGCACUGAUUCUUGGUGACUAAAACAUGAAGGAACUGAAGUUUGACAAGAAAGUGGCUUGGUGGUUUUUUUGGAUAGAUGCAUUUGACAUUCUUCCUUGUAGUUUGUCUUCAUCUGUGAGGUCCUUGUUUAAUUAAAGUAGUAGUCACAUGCCAGAAGGGAAACUGAAACUAACUUGAUGUCAGGGACGUGUUGAUCUGGGGAGAGAUUAGAAGUACUGGAACUAUUGCAUGUACCAUAAGAAAACAGCAUUGUCCAGAGAUUGCUAUAAUAGUAGCAUGGAGCCAAGGGGAUGAGUGGUAAUUACGUUACUCCUGUGAGCUCACAGUGUGCCACAGGCAAAUCUCAGGAUGUUCCCUGCUUUGGAGUUUGUUCCUCUCUCUGUUGAUGGUGAUUGGUUGGAAAGAAAGCCUAUAAAGUAAAUUAGAAUAGAAAAGCCUCUGUCCUGUCCACUCACCCACAUUUUGGGCACAUAAUGCACAAAAGUGAAAGAUUUGGAAGGGGCAAAAUAACUAGUUAACAAUUAUUAACUAACACACAGAAUCUCUCCAAACAUGAUACUGGGGCAAAAGACCCAGGGGAAGGGUAUGUGAGGGUAAGAAUAAGUUAAACGACUAACAAAUACAAAAAAAUAAUUUGCAGUUGCAUUAGCUAGGAUGAUAAUUUCAUGGGUUAUCUGUCCUCAUGGUUUUGCAGUCAGUAGUUGAUGCAAAUGCUAUCUUACUGUCCCUGCGGACCAGGAGAUACUACAAACAACUUUUCACAAUGAAACUUCUUUGGCUUUUCUUAAAGAAAAGUCAGGAUUGCUCUACAGUAAGGUUUGAAACUUUCAUCCGUAAGAAGAUGUAUUGCAGCAACUUGUUCCUGAUGCAGGUGUUUGAGACAUGAGUAUUUAUUCCUUCCAGAGGUGGUAAUCCAUUUCCUUCAAUCUGAAUUUUCUUCAAUUUUCAUUUUGCAGCAGAAAAUAAGUAAACGAGGAGGCUGGGCCAAAGGGAGAAAGAAGAAGAAAACCCUUAGGGACACCCGUGCCCCCCCAGUCCCCCCUCACAGGGUAUACGUGAUUCAUGGAUGAGCGCAGGGAGCAGCUUUGAGCAAAGAGGCGUGAAGUCCCUUUCCCAGACAUCACCGGUAUGCCAGGCAAUGAAUGUAGUAAACUGCCUCCUGAGGAGAAGUGGGUACCAUUAAACUCUCUUUUCAUUGUUGGAUUAUGACUACUAUUAAAUGGGAAUAUUGUUUUUUAGUGAGGAAGUUAACAUAGGCUUUUGAUUAAAGCUGUGGUUAGGAAUAUAUUUCAAAUUAAGGGAUGCGGGUCCUCCAGAGUUCAAAUAAAGAACCCUGGUAGGGCUGUAGCAUCUCAUCCAGGUGUGACCCGAGGAGAACUGUAUCCUCUAGACAGUGCCAGAAUAUAUGCAGAACAGGUGGGAUUGCUCUAGUGUAACCUCCCAGGGUUUAUGUGAUUCAUCUGGGUGUAACUGUUGUACCUAACUCUGACACAGCUGAGACCCACCAGUUCCCAAGGCCAAAGUCCUCAGAAGGAUGGGGCAGGCAUUUAUUCACUGUGGCUGAGGGAGAACUCAGCAGGAUGUCGGAGCUCCUGCAAGGAUUUUGGAGAUCUGUUUAUUUUACAAACUCAUCAAUGUAUAUAAACAUCUGGUGUCUUAUUCUUAAGACAAGCAGACCUGAAAGAACAGGUUACUGAAGGAGGAGAUGGUUAACAUGAAUAAACUUUUAGACAGUGUUUUAAAGCAUUGCUAGCCCUAGAAAGCAAGCUGAUAGCUGUAUGGUGGACAGGACAGUGAGAGUCACAUAUUCUAUUUUCUACACACAUUACAUAAGGAAAAGGGUUUUUCCCACCUUUCAGUCAUAAUGUGAUGCCUUCUAAUUGGGACUGCUGUGGCCUUCUGCAGGGUCUGAUAGGUGAAUGAAGACCCAGGCAGUGUUGGGUCUUCUCCUUUAACUCCUUCUGGAGAGCACUUUGUAACUGCUAAUGGGCCAUCUGCACCUCAUUGCCAAUGGGAGAUUAUUACAGCAAAGCAGUAGUUAAGUCACAGUGCAACUUGAUGCUAUCACAUGGAUUUAUCAGGACAUUUAAGCUUUUGAAAAUAUUUCAAGGACAGAAUGCUUAAAAACUUUUAUGAUGGCUGGAUGAAAAGUGGGAUGAUGCAAAAAACAAGGGUUCCUUUUGUCACUUUUCACUAAGCUUGUAGGAUGUAACUUAUACAGAGAUAUUAUAAAAUUGUGCAUAGGCAUAGCGUCUUAACCAUAAUGGAAAAUGUGUGUCAGGGUAAAGCAGUUGAUUUGGUUACACAUCUGUAGUGAGAAUGAUGUUGCUGUCUCCUGGGAGAGGAGGGGAAGAGUAAGGCCUUCUGCCCCUCUGCCCCUUGCCCUUAACAUAUUCUUAUGUCCGAGACAGAUAUUAUUUUUUUUUAACCUAGGAAGAAGAAGAUUGAGUUCAAAUCUCUAUUCUGCAUGCUGUUUUUUAAAUUCUCAGGGAAUUUGUCCUUUUUUGAGUAAAAUGGUGAGUCUCAAGCAUGUAGCAGGUCAGGGAAAGGCUGCUGAGUACUUCCUUCCCUUCAGUUUCUCCUGCCGUUUUUGACUGUGGCACUGAAGGCCACUGCUGCUUGGGAACCCCCAUCUCUAAUACAACAGCCCAGCAUUCUUGUUGAAGCUGAGUAAGCUUGGUUUUGGUUAGCUAACAACUAUGAAGUCAUUCUCCUGAAGCAAGAAGUGGAGUCAUAGUGUACUAUCGUGUGUGGGUUAGUGUCCCGUAAUCCAGGGGAAAAGUGUGUCUGAGCUCCAGCAACAGCAAACUAGUUGUCCGAUACAACAGUUGAAGAGAAAGUCUCACACUUCCCCUGUUCCAGCCCUUCAGUUCUGCUACUUCUUGUGUUUGGUGAGCAUAAGGACCGUUGAGCUGACUGGAAUUGACUGAAAUAAGGACUGGUUGAGCUGACCAAUUAGCAAGUCUCCCCUAGAAAAAGACCCAUUACUGUAGUCAUAGAGCAAACACCUUAAAAAUCAUUCUUCUUGUUGUUCCCUUGCAUGGGGAAAUAUUUAAAGAACUGUACAGAUCUGUGCUAGAAAACCUAGGACAUUACUUUACAGGUAGUACAGUAGAACUCUUUCUUAGUGGUUCAAAACAAUCCAUCCAAGACACAAGCUGAGGAAAACCUUCUGCUGUUUUUGAGUCUGUUACUGUACUCUUUCAGCAGCACCUUGCUGGAGAUAGAAGAGAAGAAUUAAUGUCUUCUGGAAGAAUACACUGUCCAAAAGAAAUGCAAACCCAGCAUCACUAAAUUUGCACCCCAAUCCAGAAUGUUAACUGUGUCCUCAGCAGGGUCAAAAUGGUUUGCAAAUGCAUGAAAUUUGUAACUAUUUACAUGUAUUGUUGUGAUGAUGUAAUAAAAAUAAGAGGCAUACCCAGUGGCUAAUGUUUACUCUGAAUACUUAACUUCCAUUGAAUUUUAAACUCAUUGGGGGACAAACUUGGGAAAACAAAUUUUUCUUCAAAGGAUCCAUUUAGCAAGUGUUGUGACCACUCCUUAAAUGGUUUUCAGCUCAUCGGUUCCCCUAAAGUAUUCUCCAGUUAAGCUCAUUCUGUUAUGCACAUGUGAAAUUUAUUUUUUUUUUCUAGCCUGAAGUUUUCUUUUAACCUAAAUGUAGAUAGCUUAAAUUGGUAUCACAUAGGCUUUUACCUUUGUGCUACUCUAUUCUAAUAGCCAUGAUGUUUCAUUCGCCUGUCAGACGGGCGAAGCAUGUGGUUGUAGAAUGGUAGUGCUUUUUUGUCUGUGGGGCACGAAAACAAGGGUGUAUUGGAACCCCGCUGUUACAUAUGUGAAAGUUAAAGCUUGAUCUGUUCAGGCAUUCCUGCUUGGCAGCAUUUAAUCCUGGCACAGAAAGGCAAUUCUGAAGUCCCUGCGUAGGUUGUACUCAGUUCAGUUGAGUAGCUUAGUAGCAGGCUACUUCUAGGUCUAACAAAAAAAGAGUUAACAGAAUAGUGAUUUGAAGUUUUUAAAAAAGGGAACACACACACCAGAAUACAGUAAUAUUAUCCAGAAAUCCUGUGUCUUUGCAUCUCGAGUAUAUUCUAAUUGUUUCUUCACUCCUUUCCUGUUUUCAUAGGUGAAAUGGAUCAGCGCUUCAUCUGGCAAGUUGUUUUUCUUCCCUUCCGCCUGAAGGGGAGGCAACUCCCUGAUACUCUUGGACUUCUUUUUUUUCAGCAGUACCUUGGUGGAGCAGGUAAGAGAUAAGGAGCAUUAGAUGCCGGAGCUGGAGCAGUAUCAGAAGACUGAAGCCUAUGAAGUAUUUAGCAGGAGAUCACAGGACAGACAAAAAGGCAAAUCACACAGACAAGGUAUUGAAUGGGACAAAAAUAUGGGCCUAGAACAACAGAAGAUUCCAAGCUGGUUGUGCAGACUGAUGCUCAUUUACAGCCUUUGAUGUAAAGGCUUGUUAAAACGUGGAUGCUCAUCUGAGGGAGCUCAUUUGUGGGCAUGAAACAGAACAUGUUUCUUCCGGCAAAUCCUAGUUUCAUAAAUAUGACAUAUAGCAAUCUACACCAGAAAUUACAAUCGUCAUCAGCAGUGACCAAACUAUUGUUAACUGUUCUCCAUUGUUCUGUUAUUGCUUGUUAAAGAAAAUGUGUUUUGAAUUAAGAAAUUUAAAGUGCUGAAGCAGCUAAGUGGCAGAACCAGGCCUUGUCCCUAGUGUAGCCCUAAUCCAAGGCUGGUUUAACACCCAGUCCAGUUAAUCAGUGGGAGAACAGAGAAACAACAGAUGAUGAAUUUGUGUACACAGAUGCUUGGAGAAACGCAGGUGUUUCUAGAAAAAACAGUAUUUGUGAAUAGGAAUUGCUAUUCACAAAGACUUAAGUGUGCUUGAAGGAAUGUGCGAGUUAAAACUGGCAGAAAGAAGAUCACGAUCCAAGGAGGAGCCUGGAACCGAGGCAGAGCCUGGAACCAAACAGAUGAAUCAACUGGGACAGAGUUAGGUGAUGGAUCUGCAGAACCGACAAGACCAAAGGAAACUCCUAAGAACUUCAGAUGUUGACUAAUGAUGUGGUAAGUGUAUAUAAGCUGUGCUGUAUCCCUUGGUUCUCUGCCACUCAGUGGGGUGGUGGCUCAGCUCUGAGUUGUGAUUACAGCAAGCCUAGUGGUACCCAUGUCGUGUGUGAAUUUUGUCUUUAACACCGGGACACAAGAGGAAGGAGUCAGGAAUCUCUUCUGGACAUACCCGUUACCAGCGUUCUGCUGCCGGCAAGUAGGUGAGAUCAUCUGAUGAGACUUGGACACAGGUAAUUCCAGACACAGAUCUGAAAGUGCUCUUGUGUUUAAAUUAAAAAAAAUUACAUACUGGUAAGGAAGUUAAGAAAUUUGAUAAGAAUGGAAAAUAUGCUCAGCAUUGGAAGGGGGGUGGUGGUGCCCCUUGCUGAGGCUUUAGAGAAUUGGGGAAAAGAUUCCCCUGGCACAGGCUUUGCAGAAAUGAAAACUGAUUAUUUUGUGCCAGGAGGAAUGGCCAUUCCUGACUCAUACUACAGGAAGAGUACUAAUGGAUUUGUGGCCUCCUAGAGGAACUUGUAACCUCAUAACUCUAGUUAAACUUUGGCAGAACCACCUCAGAUUUUCCUUAGUGCGUGAUUUCCUUGAAGAGUCAAGUCCAGGUCUGUGGCAUAAGGUAACCCAUCCCCUGUUUGGGAUCCAGAUGUGAUUGAUUUUUAAUUCAGGCUUAUCUGCUGUUAGAGAUUUUUAUUUUUUGGUCCAAAUAGGGAAAUGCUGGUUGUGUGCAUUCUUUUGUUCUUUCCUAGAGUGUUGUUCCAUGUUUAGUUAUUUGCUCCUUACAAAAAUAAAUUACAGGUGUCUAUGAAACUGGAGGUAUUAAUGUUGUUGUGGUUGAAUGUAGCAGUGGAGCUAACUUUAUGUAUUUAAAUCAAGCGAAACAUAAUGUAAUUUCACUUAAAGUCUGCUCUGUGAGGGGUGGAUUCUACCCUGAUAAGCAUUUAAAAAAAACAAUAAUCCAUGAAGAAGUAUAGGUAGAGCCCCUGAACUGGUGUAAGACAGAGAACCUCUCGCUGAUAUCCAGAAGUAGUGGAACUGUUGCCAUCAUGACCUUGAAAUACAGAGACAUUAAUGUUAAUUACCGGCAGCUUAAGAAUCUAACAGACAAGGUUGAAAAUAACUUCCCACUACCACCUUUUAUUUUGGGGUUUGUAUCUGUUUUGAUGCAUUCUGAUGUAUUUUCAAAUACACUGUCAUAUCCUGUGUAGUUUGUGAAAAGUGUGUGGCAAAUGGGACUUUCCCGUCUUCAGGGAUGGUGAGCUGGAGAGUGGUUUUAUGUAGCAGUUGUAAAAGAAUAAAAAGGGAUUAAAAGACUUGUAUACCUUGCUACCAGUUUAGUGGCAUGAGAAUUGCUGUAAUGACAUUCCUUCUGGCUCUGAAUGAACACGCUAGCCUGCUGAGUUUCCAACCAGACCAACACUAGCAAAGUAUGUGGUUCCCAGAUGGUGAGGUGGUUGUAAGCUUCGUCAGUAGUAGAAGCUGUUGAGAAAGUCACAAAUCAUCUGCCAGUCUGCAAGUCAAGUUCUUGGCUAUUUUGUCACUAGUGUUGAUUUAAGGGUACAUUGCUUAUAAAUAGCACUUCAAAUUUGUAAUUCUUCAUACCGAUAAGAUGUUGGUACCAUAAGAGGGCCAUUGUGCUGAGAAGGUCCAAUAAACAUAUGGCGAUGUUUGUGUUUAUCCAUUUUGCCUUCCCUUAGAUGAAGUUAAUUUGUAAUUUGAAACCUUAGUGGCAGGAUUUGGGGCUUUAUCCUGAUCAGCCAUCUAAGGGCCAGCUCUCGGCUGCAGCAUAAGUAUUUGGAUCUUUUAAGCACCAAAUGAAACUUCCACUUAGCUACCAUUUUUUUCCUUUCCUCUUAAUUUUUAUAUUAAAAUAAAGAAUUUUAAGUAUUUAUUGGCUUACAGGAAAAAAACACAGUGCUAUCCUUGUCCUGUUAUGAUAAGCUCCUAAUUUGGAGGGCAGAAAGCUGAGUCCACCAAGAAGAUGUUGAAAAGAAGGGGGAAGAAUGUUAGAGCCAUGAGUUGGGUGUUCUUCAGCUGGCCUAAUCUGCAGAGGGAAGAUGCUCCCCAGGUAACUAAAGGGAAGCACAGGAGAGCAGCUGGGAGCCAGAAGUGUGGUGUGGGCAUAGGGAAGUGCUACGCUGCGGUGUGUCAGGCAAAGUAUUUUCAGGAACUUUCAUUUCUUGUUAUCAUUUCACAAGCUCCUGAGGGUGCAGGCAGGCUGGAGGCAAGAAGCUGCCAGCAUCAAAUAUGUGGAGAAAGAACAUUUCUGUCUCCGUUGUACUUUCCUCGCUUACCUGUUGCUUUGGCAGGGCAGCGAGUAUGCAGGCAGCUUGCAUGGCCAGUGCCUGUGUCGUUCUAGCACAGAGGAUCAAGUGCUUCAUGCUUCAGAGCUGUCAGGCUGACACUCUUCACCAUUAAAUGCAGCUGUAAAUUGCAGCUGUAAAUUACAGCUGAAGGAAGACAGAAAUCUUGCUUCAGAUGAUGUUGUUUUGAUCCAUCCUUUUGCUCGUUCAGUGGCUACAGAAGGGAAACACUGCCUUGGUAGGAGCAUCCAUUGAGUUCUCAACAUGUGGUAUGAGAGAAUUGUUGUGUCUAUGAAAAAGAUCAUUACAGCAGUUUUUUUAAACCUAUCCACACAUGUAAAACCUUUGCCAGUAAAAGAGUACAUCCACACAAUGGGGUCUAAAGCACACAGAUCCAAUGCAAUCCUCCAAAGAGCUUUGAAAGUCUCUCCCCGAGGGUACAGACCUGGCUGUUGGUGAUUCUGUUGAACUGCCUUUUGUGGCAGGUUGCUUGGAGAAAUUGCUAUGUCAGAAGUAGUCUUCUGGGGGCUGAAUGCUGCAAAUGGUAGGAUCUUUAAAAAAGCAAAUUAAUAACCUUAAGACUUGGGUUUGCCCUUUUAACAGAUUGUACACAAAUGGGAGGCCUGAGCAUGCUGCUUUUAGCAGGGGAACAUGCCCUGACUGCACAAGAGGCAAGGAACUCUCUUCUUUCGCUGACCACAAGCCCACAGUUUUAAGAGAACUCUGAAGAGGACUGUUUGACCUGUGGGAAAUGCAACUUCAGGGAUGAAGCAAGAGACUGUGUGGAGGUGCCUCAGGAAGGAGGCAGUCAGGCAGUGCCAGUCUCCAGUGAAAAAACGGAAGCAAUGCAAUUAGCAGGUGUGCCAGUGCUGUCCAACCCCAGGGAAGCCCACCACACUGGGAUAUACAAUUCUUUUGAAAGGAUCCAGAUUUUUUCCUCCAGCACAGAGAAGCACAAAUGCUGUGGAUCCUAAAUGUUUCCAGAAGUACUGCAUAGAAGGUGCUGUGGCAAUCUUGGGCUCCAUGUGCUUGGGAUGGUGUUAUGUUAUGUGAUGCUUGUGUGGAGGAAGAGAAAAUGAUUUUAUCAAAAAGGGAGCUGCAAGGAUUGGACAAAAAACGACAGACACAGCUGGAGCAGAUGUUUAGAGGCAUCACAACUAUUGUGGCUGGCAAGUGUGUGAAUCCUUAAACAAAGAGGCCAUAGACAGUGAUCAGUAUAGAAAGAGCCAUGAAUGAUAUUCGCUACUCCGUCAAGCCGCACAGGAGCACAAAGCAGCAGGCACUGGAAGUGAUCAGACAGUUAAAGGAAACCAUGCAGAUCGAACGUGCUCACAUGAGGCUGCGAUUUAUCCUUUCAGCAAAGGAGGGGAAGAAACUGAGAGAAAAGCUCAAGCCCCUGAUUAAAGUUAUUGAGAGUGAAGAUUUGCACAAACAGCUGGAAACUGGGAGUAAUAAAGCAGUCCUUGGGUGUCAUACUUGAUUUGACUACCACCUGUACCUUUGACUAGACGAUGAAUGAAUAUGUGGAAGAUGUUGAGAUAAACUGCAGGUUUACCAGGGGUUCUAAAUCAGAGGUGUGCCUUAUUGACCCAGGCUGCUUCAGAGAGAUUGAUGAGCUGAUACGGAGUGAGACAAAAGGGAAAGGAACCCUGGAAAUGCUGAGUCUGAAAGACGUGGAGGAAGGAGACGAAAAGCUUGAAUGAAAGCCUUCCCACAGCAGUUCUACUUGCAACAACAUUCUAUGAAAUGACUGGUGGUAGCCAUGCUCUUCUGUUCAGCCUUCAUGUUUUUUCCAAUCUCCUGCUGCUAGAUAUUUCUUGACACUAGUCCUCUGGGAUUUUUCCAUGCAGUGUAGGUUUUUUUAUCCUUCUACACUUGGUUGGUUUACAAAUGUGUUUGUCUGCAGGAACAUUUUGUGUCAGUUGUACUAAUGAGGCCUGAGUUAAGAUGUGGUACAAAAGUGACUCUCGCUUUGGUUUACUCUAAGGGUUGCUGUUGAAGAGCGUUGGGCUGAUACGGUGCCCAUCGUUGCUAUCUGGAGCUGUCAGUGCUGAGCAGCCGGUUGCAUAGAUCGCUGAGGGGUGAGUUUGUGAGGAGAGGAACCUUCAGAAGAGAGCUGCAUUUUCACUUCUGAGCAGUUGCAAAGCAUGGAUCGUGCCUAAAAAUUGAUCUGCUGGCAGCACGAUCACUGACUUGGGCUUCUGCAGUUAGCUGCUUGAUAACUCGAGUAAAGGACCAUUCUUAAAGAUUUCCUAUGCUGGAUAGAGGACUACUUGCUGACUUAGAAAAAAUGUUCUCCUCCAAAUAACUUAUUUGUGACACAUAUUUAGCUACCCUAAGGAAAACGAAUUAUCACCUAUUUAUAUAUUAUAGAUACAGAAAGACAGUAUUUUUGUGAAUGGUAUAGGAGGUGCCUCUGGCCACGGCAAUGCUUUUAGUAGGCCGAAGGGGUGGCCUGCGCUUGUGAGCUGUUCAUUCCACGGCAUCAGUGAGAAUCUCCGACAGGCAUGGGUGGCCUCUGCCCAUCAAGCUGGACAGGCUUUUGUUGGGCCGCCAUUCCACAGCAGGAGCGGUUUGGUUGUGCCCCGUUUUAGUGCGACACAGAGCAAUCCUGGCAGCUGUCCUUUCUCCUCUCGCUGUUUAUGCUGCUUUCUAAUACCUGCCCAGCAUUUCCAGGCAGCUCCUGAGGCACAGGAUCUAGUUGAUGAUAAUUCCAUGAGAUUUUGUCUCAGCUGUGUUAAACAGAUGCUUUUUAGUGGAACUGGUGUGUUUCAAAGAAGAGGGGAAGAGAGGACAGCAAGUGGAGGAGGAGAGACAGAAAAUGCAAACCACCAGGCAAAGCCCCUGUGCUUGGGUGACCGAAAGCUCAGCCAGCAGGGAUUUACGGAGCCUUCAGCGUGACGUACCCCUUCCCAUGCUAACAGCAGGCAGCAGGUCAGGAGCUGCAGGCUAGCCAGCGCCUCGAUGUCUCUCCCAGACGAGUGCUGUGUUCAUCAUUGGCUGUUCACUUUUAGCGCGCCCGACUGCCUGCUACAUGAGAACUGAAGGGAGCUCUGGCUUGCGCUGCUGACGUGACCUUUUCCUUUGUAGUGUGAACAGCAUGGGAAGUCUCCAGAAUUUAGGCAGGGAGGGCUGAAGACAACUGAAAGCAGAGAGGUUUGACGUGUGAGGUGCAGGGGGCCUGUGGGACUAGACCCUUAGUCAAAGGCUUCCUCCUGGAAGCUGGUUUCUGCAGGCGCCUGUUGACACGAGCUUGUACAAGCCUGGCUUACGUUUCUUGAGCAAUAUUUUGGAAGGACCGUCUACUCGAGAGUCUGAGUUUUGCUGAGGGCCACUGAAAUGGACAUCCUUGAGGCAUUUUAGCCAUUCUUCUAAAAAGCUCUCUCUUGCCCCCCCAGUAACCUGCCGUGAUGUUUAAAUGCUGCCUAGGACAGUGUAGUGGCAUAAUGACUCUAUUUGCCACGUGGGCCCCGCCUCAGUGUGGAGACCUCUACAUGCAUGGACAGACUGGCCAGCUUCCUUGUGGGCACAAAGCCUUCACUGCUUGUCUUUCAAAGGGCCAUCUCUUCAUGCGCAUUUUUAUGAAGCACAGAAGAUGAUAAUGUCUGUGUGUAGCCUGUCACGGGCCAUUGGCGUUAACAUGCAAUCCAUCAGUCUGCACAUGAGGUGCUGAGUAAGAGCCUGGGAUGAUCCUGUGUCGGUAACACUUGAUUUCAGAAUCCUCUAAUUUCUUUGUUUCCUAUUUUCAGCAGCUAGAGCACCAUAGGACGGCUGCACAUUAAAGAUCUCGAGUUACAGAAACGUUAUCAGAGCUGAUCUACAAGCUUGGUGCUAGGAAGGGAGUUUCCCUCUAUAAGGAGUCUUUUUCUGCAAAUCAAAGAUUGAGGGUUAUCCUCCUCUCUGGUAGAGGGAGCUUGGUUUUAUUUCUUAACAAAUAAAUGUACAUGCUUGCAUUCCUUGCUGUGUCCGUAGCUGAGCCAGAACAUGCGGGAAGGACAAGACCAAAGCCCAGUCUCAGCAGCUGGUCUACAGGAACAGACCUCCCUGCGUAGCCAUUCCCUGCCUGAGGCACUGAUGUUGCAGAGGCGCGUGGUGAGGCAGGAACGGGCUCCUGGUGCCAUGCGAAACCAGCCGGCAGCUGCCAGAGAGCGCGGGGGGGCUGUUCGGGUCCACGGUGCCCACAUGUAUUCCCUGCAAGUGUCCUGGCCCGCAUCUGGUGGGGCUUGGAGGGGUCCCCCAGCUGGGUGGGCUGCAACUGCUGCAGCCACGGUGCUGGGACCGCGCUGCCCGCCCUGCCUUGGGCUGCCUCAGUAACUGGUUAUUCAUUCACCUGUUGCCCACAGAAGCGGAGAGGAGGGGGCCGUGGGUGGCGAUGGCUGAGCAGGAGGCGCUGGCCGAGCAGGAGGUGUGUGCCAUGCGGCACUGGGAGGUGCCGCCGUGACAGUUCCCCCAGUGCAGGGAGUGAGCUCAGCUCUGUGAUGUCACAGCCCGUGUCACAGCCUGCCAACGUCCUAACAGCCCGGCAACGUCUCCACCGGGCAGUAGAGCCACGACGGCUGCCACGUGCGCAGCCAGGCUGGAGAGCCGAGGCAGGAGCAGCGGCACCAUGCCGGGCCGCAAGGCAAACCUCAGCCAGCGCGCCCAGGAGCUGUGUGCCGCCGUCGCCUUGCAGGGUGCUGCCCCUUGGGCUUCUUGUGGGGACGGCCUGGGGCGGGCGGGUGGCUCUCGGUCCCCGCGUUGUCCUGCACGGUACCAACAGCGCCUUUGUGUCCCCCAGAGCAAGGCGGGAAGUUUUGCGCGCAGCCGCGUGAGGAAAAGCGCAGUGGGACCAGAGAGCGGCUCCCCCGCCUGUGUGAGGCUGUGCAGGAGGACGUCCGUGCCCGGGGCCAUAGCCAGCAGGUGGCCCAGGAGAAGCUCCAGGCCGACAUCUAUGAACGGGGUGAACACCUGCAACAUGCUGCUGCACCAGGUGAGGCAGCGGAGACAAGUGCGGGAGGAGCUGCAGAGGCGGCUGCAGCAGCUGCAGGAUGCUGCGAUGCCUGACAAGCGGCAGCAGGCACAGGCGCAGGCCAUUUGCCAGCUGGAGAAAAACAUUGAGAAGGUGCUCCUCAAAGUCCACACUGGACAGAAGGUGACUGCCCUGUACCUGGUGGUGCGGGAUGUCCUGAGGAAGGAGCUGGCCCACCUGCCUCCGCACCUGGACCUCCUGUGCAAGAUGGCCGAGCUGUAUGGUAGGGAGCUUCAGGACAUGGAUCUCAUGGCCUUGGAGGCCUGCAAAGCCGCUGACAGAGCCAAGGAGGAUGCAAACAGGACGCGCAGCCGGAUCCUUGCGGAGAGAGCGCGCAUGUACCGCUCCCGGGCCACCCGGGAGGUCUCUGUAGACACAGGGUGGCGGAAGGAUGUGUACCAAAGGCACCUGAGAGCGCAGGAGAGGCACGAGCUCAUCGUGGACUCCCCGACCCCGGCCUCACAGGACCAGCUCGUGGGCACCAGUCUGGAGGCCGUCAGGUCCCAGAUGGAGCACGAGGCCAGGGUCACGCAGAAGAUGCAGCAGGCCAAGGCUGCGCUGCAGUGCUCCAGGAUCUGGGACAUACCCGGCAGGCUCCUGGAACAGCAGAAGUCCUCGGCGGACCUGGAGCAGUGCAUCAAGGAGGGCGAGGAGAAGAAGCGGGCACUGGCGGAGAGGCUGCACGAGCUGGAGCUGAACCUAGCUAAGCUGAAGUUUCACCAGCCCUCCAACACAAGCAGGGUGCUGGAGGAGGAGCUGCGGCUGAAACUGCAGUGCCAAGAGGCUCGGCUGGAGGACAUGCGGGCCCAGAUGAUGAGGAGCAAGGAUGUUCUGCUCAAAUGUGAAGAGGACAUCGACAGCCUUUUCGUCCGCCUGCAGGGCAUCACCGUGCCCGGCCAGGAGGAUCCCGUCAAGGCCAUGGCGGUGGAGGAGAAGCUGCAGCACUGUGAGCAGAAGCUGCGCUACCUGGUGCAGCGGGUGGCCAGCCUGCCCCACGACUGGCGCAGCCCCAACAAGGACAACAAGGUGCGCGGGGGCUCCAUCCCUGCUGUGGCCUUUGGGCACCCGCACGGGGCUUUCCCAUACGGCCCAUCCCAAGCGUCCUCCCAGCUGGCAGGAUGGAGGUGGCGCCAGGGGAGAGCCAUGGAGCAGCUCAGCCCCCGGUGGCACGGGGCACUGCAGGGUGUGCUCCGCGCGGGGACCUCGAGGUGGGGCAGCCCUUGGCUUGGAACACCCACCUCCCCUUCAGCAAGUAACCCAGAGUGUCUUCCACAGAUUUUUGCCGAGGUCCGUAAUUUACUAGAGAACACCACUGCGGAUCACCCACAGAACCUGAGGGUUUCCUUGGAGGACGCAGGCAGCGGCCAAGGUAGGAGAGCACAGCGAGGACACGUGCCACAGCAACCAUCCCAGCCCCUGCCCGUGGGGAUUCCUGGGCAUCCUUGCCUGUCUUCCACUGUCCCAGCAGAGCCCAACCCACGAGCUGCUUGUCCCAGGUGCUGUGGGACAAGGAGGGAGAGCCUUGGCUUCAAAAUCACCUGGUUGUGGCCUCCUCCUGUUGGAUGUUCUUGGGGGAGACCAUGAGCUUUUGGCAGCUCACUACUGUGUUUUUAACAAAGCGGGAGCUGUACCCACCACCCCCUUUCUGGCUCCAGGCCUUUCUGGGAAGCCCCAGCAGUGUUGAAGAGGGGCCACAGCGGUGGCAACCCCAGGCUCUGCAGGUCCCCCUGGGAUGCGGGGCUGGCAGAGCCAGUCGGCAGUGCCUGUGCCUCAGGGCUCCGCACGAGGGCUCUCUGGGAUGCCACCAGCCCUGCAAAAGGUGCCGGCUCUGCCCAGGGACACGAGCGCACAGAGCCUCCACAGCCCACUCCUCUCCACUCUCUCCUCAGAGUCCUUGGAUUCUGAUGACGAAUCCUGUGGCCUUGUCCUCACCCGGGAGGGCAUCAAGAAGCAGGGGCUGCUCCUGAUGAAAAGCAAGCAGCGUGGCAAGAAGUAGCAGUUUCUCCAGCA